GUUCUUCUUAACCUUCGAGGCCAUGAAGAGCACUGUGCUCAGCAAGACCUUUAAUGCAAUGCUGCUGUUACUAGCAUUCAUUGCCGUUAUUGCAACUGCUUCAGCCGACAAACAAACGUAUAUAGUUCGCAUGGACAAGACCAAGAUCACGAGCACCUAUAAUUCACUUGCCAAUUCCAAACCAUGGCACCAAGCCGUCCUUGAUUCUAUAGCUGAAGUCUCAUCUCAAGAAGAACAGGAAUUGGAAGCAACACCUCCAGAACUAAUUUAUUCCUAUGAAACUGCCUUUUUCGGCUUUGCUGCAAAGCUGUCAGCUAAGCAAUUAGAAUCCUUGAAAAAGGUAGAUGGUUUUGUGUCUGCGAUUCCUGAUAAAAUGCUAAGCCUCCACACCACGCGCACUCCACGGUUUCUUGGCCUACAAGGGAGCAAGGGACUAUGGCGUUCUUCUAAUAGUUUACAGUCAGAUGUGAUAAUUGGCGUCGUGGACAGUGGAAUUUGGCCAGAGCAUAUUAGUUUCCAGGACCAUGGCAUGCCUCCUGUACCUUCAAGAUGGAGAGGUACUUGUGAAAAAGGCACCAAGUUCUCACCAUCAGAUUGCAACAAGAAACUAAUUGGUGCCAGAUCUUUCUACGGAGGCUAUCUGGCCGCCGGUGGCAGCAUCAAUGAAACAAAAGAAUAUCUAUCUGCAAGAGAUACAUCUGGACAUGGGACACAUACAGCAUCAACAGCAGCUGGUGAUUUUGUAGAACAUGCAAACCUUUUUGGCUUGGCCAAUGGCACAGCUGCAGGAAUGAGGUACACAGCAAGAAUUGCAGUGUAUAAAGUAUGUUGGCCAGGAUGUAAUAGUGUUGAUAUUCUAACUGCUAUAGUGCAUGCCAUUGAAGAUGGGGUUGAUGUAUUUCUCUCUUUAGGAUCUCUUUCGGAAGCUGAACCAUAUUAUCAAGACUAUCUUGCUAUAGCAUCAUUUUUUGCAUUCGCAAGUGGGAUUUUUGUUACGUUUAGCGCAGGCAAUAGUGGGCCGCAGGAAUAUACUGCUGUUAAUACAGCACCAUGGGUCAUGACUGUAGCGGCAAGCACCAUUGAUCGAAGCUUUCCAACAAUUCUCAAACUCGGAAAUGGGCAAACUUUUGAAGGGUCAUCUUUUUACACUGGGCCGGCUACAAAGCGAUUGCCAAUUGUAUAUGGAAAAACUGCUGGAGGAUUAGAAGCAGAGUAUUGCCUUGCUGGCUCACUCGAUCCGAAGCUUGUAAAAGGGAAAAUUGUUAUUUGUGAACAAGGAUUGAUUAAGCUCCAAGCAAAGGGAGAGCAAGUGAAAUUGGCAGGAGGAGUUGGAAUGAUCAUAGUGAGCUUUGAAGGCGAAGAUCUUGCGACUGAGGUGCACAUUUUACCAGCCACUUUAUUAGGAGCCUUAGCCAGUCGAGCUGUCAAGAAGUAUGUGAACUCAACUAAAGCACCAACAGCUUCCAUUGCCUUCAAAGGAACAGCUUAUGGUAAUCGUGCACCAAAGAUAGCAGUGUUUUCAUCACGAGGGCCAAAUUUAGUUGGACCAGACGUGAUCAAACCAGAUGUAACAGCACCAGGAGUUGACAUAUUGGCAGCAUGGCCAGCUGGGACUAGCCCGAGCACUCUCAAGAAUGACAAGAGAAGGGUCUUGUUUAACAUAAUUUCAGGUACAUCUAUGGCGUGCCCUCAUGUUAGUGGCAUUGCAGCACUACUUAAAUCAAAGCACAAAAAUUGGUCACCUGCAGCAAUCAAAUCAGCCCUCAUGACAACAGCUUAUACAACUGACAACAGAGGAAAACCUAUAGCAGAUCUUGCAUUUUAUGGCUCUGCUACGCCUUUCGCUUUUGGUUCAGGUCAUGUUGACCCCGUCAAAGCUUCUAAUCCAGGGUUAAUAUAUGACAUCAGUGCCGAUGAUUACUUAUAUUAUUUUUGCAGCCUGAAGUAUAGUUCUUCUCAGAUAUCCUUGUUUGUAGAGGGUUUUACGUGUCCCAAGAAGGCAACUAUGCAACCCGGUGACCUGAAUUACCCUUCUUUUGCAGUGAAUUUCGAGGGUAAGGCUCAAAAUAUUACGGUUACCUACAAAAGGACUGCCACAAAUGUUGGGAUUCCUCGAAGUUCAUAUAAAGUAUCAGUUGAAGAACCCAAAGGAGUAUCAGUGAUUGUAAAGCCUAACAUUUUACGUUUUAAAAAGUUAGAUGAGCAAUUGAGUUACAAGGUGAGUUUUAUAGGACCGAGCAGACAGAAGAAAGCUGCUAGUUCAUCAUCAUUUGGAUCCUUGGUGUGGGUGUCCGGGAACUAUAGAGUUAGAAGUCCCAUUGCAGUGACUUGGAAAUAGGUUCCUGCUCAAGUCCCAUAACCAUAAAAAUCCUUUGGUGUGAAUUGCAAGGAUUCGAGAUUAUCAACUAAAGGUUGAUGUAUGCUUGUUGAAGAAAAAAAAAACAGAGCAUUUGAAAUGCUCAACAAUAAAAUUUGCAAUUCUAUUUUGCAGUUUUCCUUUUUGCUCGGGCAUUAAAGCUUUUAAUUUCUCGCUUGGGUUUUGUUUGGGCCUGAAGUUUGUGGUUAAUAAGGGUACCAUCAAGACAAACCCCACGUUAGUUGAUCGCGUCCAGACAGCUUCGCUGGUCCAAACUCCCAACGGAGGCCGCACGUUGUUGAAUGCCCUAAGGGCCUGGGCUUAAAUAUCGCCACUUGCCAUAAUAUAAAGUCAUUGAACUCGUUUUCAAUGAGUUUGGGUUGUGUAAUCGCCCAACAAAUAAUUGGUACGUCAUUGUCGAACCUCCAUCAUCACCAUGAUGAUCACGAAACCACAAGCCCAAGCUUCCUAGAAGCGAAGGAUCACGAAACCGGGCAUCACCAAAAGAUGUAAUUUAAUAAUAAAAUAGAUGUAAA